AUGGCAGCCACUGACCCCAGCAGCCGUAUGGGGAGCUCGACCACGAGCAGCGCUCUGAGACCAGUCGGAUCGGCAUCGCAAGUUGAUCUGGACGCCGUUGGCCACAGCGAACGGAUUUACAAUCUUGUAUCACUUGUCAACAGUUGUGAUGAGAAAUUGCUCGACUGCAGGGACCUCAAGCGACUGACUCGGUACAGCUUUUGCCUGCAUGAGGAACCCGCGUGGUCUCAACUACAGCUUUACCAGUCUUGGGUCGUGCACAUACUGCGGCUCCUAGGAAAGGAAAUCGAGAUCAGGAAAGACGAUGACCCUGUGGCAGUCACAGAGGCUAUUGUUGAUUCUCUUCAGGGGUUUCAUUUUGGUGGCAUCGAAGUGUCUGUCUCAAGUCUGAGAAAGGGCUGGGGUUACAUCCCCUGCAAAGUGUUGCAUGAGCUGCUGAAAGAGCUUGUAACGGGUCGCGCCCUACAAUUGCCUACCUAUGACCCCUGCAACAGGAAAUGCGGUGCAACACACUCUGUUGAGAGCAUCGAAGAUUUCGCCGAGUCCCACGAAGCCGAUCUCGGCGCACAUUCCGGUUUCUUCUCAUCGGACAGCGAGGACGGAGAAAUUGAAGCUCGACGAGCAGAGGACUUGAAUGAACCCGAAGCAGCGCCUGCUGCUUCAGCCAUCAACAAGAUGUCCCGUACCUUUGUGCAAGAUCAGUGGAAGGGAGAAGUCGAGCAAACCCUGGAGUUCAAGAAAACCUUCGACGAGCAACUGCCAAGCCUCUGCCACGCCUUUAAGCAGCUACACGAAGAGCUGCAGGAGAUGUUGACGAAAGUUGAGACGAGAGAAAAGUGGAUUGAACAGAAGUUUUCACAUAUUAUUUCUGAUCAUGGGGAAGUUCAUCAGGAGCUCGUAAAUCAAACCAAACGGCGCCAGAAGCUUGUCGUUCAACUAGAGGACCUUCAGACAAAACAAGCUGUAGCACAGGAAGCAUGCGACAGAAGUAGCAAGCUUCUGCAAGAUAAAUGCAACAGGGCAACCGACGCAAGACCAAUUCAGGAGCUGACGAAAACGCUGACGACUUUGAGGAAGGAAAUCAAGCAGAUGGAGCUUCGCAGUGGAGUGCUGCAGCACACCAGCUUCAGAGUGAGAAAACCAUCCACCUCGCCAGUACAAAUCCUUUGCUAG